UUGUCUUUGAAAGCAUCAAAAAAUUGGCGACACCUGUAAACCGAACUAACGGCAGGGUCACGUCAAGCGUCCAGAUUGAGGCUACAAAAUCCCACAAACUUCAAGACUACUGCAAUAAGUUGUGACUCCAGGGACCAGUUGUUGCGGCCAUUUCGGUUUUAGGAGUUGGAGCUAAAAACGUUCAUAUUGUGGUGGUUUAUUUUCCUGUGCAGUUCGCUAACGUCUGCACUUUAAUGCUAAAAUCCAAACAAACAGCGCGAACAGCGAGACACUCUUAAAACGGCUAACGGCUAACUUCAACCGUCACAUAAAUCUACAGUUUGCCGCUCGAUUCAACAAUGAAGGAGACACUGAGGCCUGUGAGCCACCAGCAGGCCAGCCAGCUGCUACAUAACAAGUUCGUUGUGGUUCUGGGAGACUCUAUUCAGAGGUCUGUGUACAAGGACCUUGUCAUGCUGUUGCAGAAGGACAAAUAUCUCUCUGCAAGACAACUCAGGACCAAGGGUGAGAUGAGCUUUGAACAGGACUGUCUGGUGGAAGGAGGUUGUCUGAGUCCAAUGCACAAUGGGAUAGAGUACCGGGAGGUUCGGCAGUUUCAGUCCUCCCACCACCUGGUCCGCUUUUACUUUGUGACGCGCAUCUACUCUCGCUACAUGCAGAGCAUCUUAGAAGACUUCCGCCGUGGCUUGAAACCAGAUGUAGUCAUUAUCAACUCCUGCGUUUGGGAUAUUUCAAGGUACAAGUCCACUUGGCUUAAUGAUUACAGGGAGAACCUACAUAAGUUCUUUGAUGAGCUGAAAGAGAUUCUGCCAGCGGAAACUCUGGUCAUAUGGAACCUCACCAUGCCCUUAGGAGAGAGGAUCAAAGGUGGUUUCCUGGUGCCUGAGAUUGAGCACAAGGCUCCCCAGCUGCGUUAUGACGUGAUUGAGGGCAACUUCUACAGUGGGACUCUGGCUGACCUCCAUGGGAUGGAUGUGUUGGACCUCCACUUCCAGUUCCGCUUCUCCCUGCACCAUCGUACAAAAGAUGGAAUCCACUGGAACGCCCUUGCCCACCGCAAGAUAACCUGUCUGCUGUUACAGCACACCGCAGAGGCUUGGGGUGUGAUUAUGCCCUGUUCCCUGACUACUGUUGACCAUACUGAGGUUACUGCUCAACAGCCAGCCUCUGGGAAUGCUACCAAAUCUGCAGGAGUGUACGGAGCCUCCAACUACAGCAACCCUCCUUCCACCAACUAUUCUUCCAAAAUGGGGGGAAAAUACGAUUGCUUCAGGGAGGAGUUCUACAGUGAUUCGGUCCCUUGUGGUUACUUGGAAUUUGAGAACAUCCCACGGCCACGUAGAAAUAGGGAUGGUGGAGCUUACAGACCUGCCCUCUCACCACUGCCUCACCCACCAGUCCACAGACAUCAAUAUACAAAUGGACAGGAUGGAAAUGGUUUCGACUACAGCCCUCCCCACCACUUUGAGCCCUACAACAAGCGCCAUCAUCAGCAGGUGAUGAGGAGCCGAUAUGCCAGACACCAUUAUGCUCCGUACACUCAUCGCAGACCCAGUCAAUACGACCAUCAUGGCCACUACUACUGAGGCAGGGAGUUUUUACAAGACCCAGAUUUGGUCUAAUUCUACUUACUUACUGCAGUCUCUUGCCUCACCUGCAGUACAUUGUUGUUUUCAGUUUUUGAGUUUUUUUGUUUGGCACUAAAUAGUAGAUUUUAAUGUGUAUUUUUCCAUUUCAAUGCGUUUUAAAUUCUGCACAAAGUGAUUUUGACUUGAACAUUGAAGUGGAAUUAAGUGUGAUUCAUGCAGUUUAUAGUAACAUGCAAUAACUUGUUCAUUUAACCCUUUGAUAUAAUAAAAGUGUUAUAGGCUU